GAGUGAGUGAGCUAUAUAAAUGUGCGUGUGUAUUUAUGCAUACAUACAAAUAAUAUCUAGGUUACUGCGCAAAAUAUUCUCAGUAUUCAAGUUAAUAGAGUCCCUAAUAAUCUCAAUACACUCUGGUAUGUGUGUGUAAGUGAGAUGGAGCCGAAAAAUCAGUUCUUUUGCUGACUGUGCAAGAGCGCGUGAACGGUCCCGAGACACCGGACGGCGCGCGCGGCUCGUGUUCUGUCACUCCUCCCGCAGUCAGACGCAGUGCACGACACAGACCGGACACCGGGACACAAGAGCUCAGGGAGAGACACAGCCACAAAAACAUGAGGUCGUCACUAUGUCAGAGAAAUGGAAUAACAUUUCAGCUGAAAAAGAAAUCUUGAAGAUUUGCUUUCUGGGUGGAGCUCUUUGGCAGGUAUCUUUCCCCCCACCUGGGAUUCGCUGACUGGGCGACGAGCUCUAGGUAAAAACACAUGGAGAAAAUGAAAUCCCAUGAGGGAGACAUGGAAAGAGAGAUCUCUAAGGUUCAAGGCAUGGUGUGUGAGUUGCGGGCAGGGUUUUCUCGUGCGCUGCUGGAGCUGAAUCAGAUUCAGCAGGGAGAUACUGAGCUGCAGAGCCAGCUGGAGGACACGAGACAUGGCUGCAACAAGCGCGCACUUCAUCUAGAGAGUCUGGUGCUGUCCCUCAAGGAGGAGCUGGAGGAGGUACGUUGUCAGUUUCGUCAGCUUUGUGACACACAAGACAGAAAACCACCAGAGAAUCCAGGAAGAGAGAAUAAUGGAGUGGAUGACAGUAACGGACAGAGUGAUGGUGCUGCAGAGACUCCUCCCCUUUCAUAUGUGGGCGGAGCAUUUCUCAUACACUGUUACCUUCAAGGCUUACAGGUGUGGCAAUGGGCCAGACAGAAUACAGGUGUAGAUGCUCUUUCCUGCCACGUAACACACAGCUGCUUACGGCGAGGCAGGAGGAGGGGUGUGGUGGAGAUGCUGUUGCAGUCUGAACGCGAUUAUGUGUCUACUUUGAAUCAGCUCUAUGAGAAAUAUAAAUCUGCAGAGCAAAAUGUGGCGUUUGUAAAGCAUAUUGAUCAGAUGCUACAGCGUCACCUGCUGUUCCGCAACACCCUAGAAGAACGUCUGACCACGGAUGAGAGAAGCUGUGCAGCUGGAGAUGCUUUUCUCAACCUCACUGGACAGAACAACAAGUGUUUCUCUGAUGCAUAUCUUGGAUAUGUGUCCAGUCUGGGAACUGUCCUGAGAACAGAGUUCAAUCCACAAAGCACACAGGAGGAGAAAGAGAGCUGCAGAUUGCUUUCACUGCUGUUCGCUCCUGUUUCCCGCAUCCACGCAUACCUGAACAUUAUACAGGCUCUGUUACGCAGCUCAGGCGCUGGGCACGCAGACUGGUGUUCACUACAGGAGAGCGAGCGGGUGCUGUGGGAUCUCUGCACAAGCUGUCACAUGACCUUGGAGAAGGCGGGGCCAUGCGAAGAGUGGGUGGUGCCUAAACAAGGUUUGAGAAGCAGGUGCUGUGCCGAGAGCCCCGACUGUGGUCCUUCCGCCUUUACUAAGUACUGUGCCAACACCAAUGUGGAUUCAGCCAGCGUCACAGCGGGCGCAGGCAUAGACAGCACUGGACACCAGAGGAAAUGCUGUCGCGUUGGCAUCUCACGGACACUACCUCGGCCCAGUGGCAUCUUAAGAAAUGGCCGUGAGCAUAUGUGUGCGCUGCCCCCUGGUGGCUGGACUACAGAGUACAUGUGGAAUGGCAGCGCAGGGCAGAGCCCCACGGGUCCCAUCUGCGUACCCUUCCCUCGUCAUCCUAGAGAGGUCGGCCGGUUUCUGAACCCUGGGCCACCUGUUGGUGUAGGGGAAAACCUCACCACUGCCGCCAAGAGUCAGAGCUCCUCUGCUGGUCUGGCUGUACGUGUUUGUGGGUCUCCCGGGCUCGAUGGACGCGUUUACACAUCUGACCUGUGCCCUCCGCCCCCUCGUCUCGACGACGGGGACACAGACUGUGACGUGGCCGACGCAUCCAUGUUUGACUUCUCCUCUGUGACGACCUGUAGCCCAGAUGAAACUUUAAAUCGGCUCAGAGGAGUGGAGGCUCGUGAUGAUGAGGACGAUGAUGAAGAGGACAGCGAGGUUCCAGUUCUCCUCAAACCUUCAUACACUCACAACACUUCAGCCGUUCAGGCGGGGGGGAGCUUAUGCAUGCCGUGGCAGAUCCCCAGACGGGCUCCUAUUCCUGCCGAGGUUCGCAUUGGGAUGCAAGGAAAAACACGUGCCCCAAAACCACACAGAAUCCCCACCAGUGCCUUUCGGCCGAUUUGGGACCCAAUUUACUCACAGGGUGAUGUGACGCCUGCAAAAGAGAACUCUGUGUCUUUCAGCUCAACCAAUCAGAUCAUUAAUCAGCAGCAAGAGACUGACCAAUCACGAUCUGCAUAUAGAGGUACUGGAGUCCAGCGGGCUGAAGCAGUGUGGCAUGACAGUGAGGACAGUGAAGGACCCUGCAGUACAGUCUGACACACUCUCAUCCCAGGAAACAAUUAAUAUUCAUGAGUCUGCACUGGUGCAACCAAUCACACACCAAGAACUUCUCUAAUUCAACUAAUGAAAUAACUGCAAUCUUUUUUCUUUUUUAUAAAUGGCGACGGUUCCUCUCACUGUGAACUGACAUGCAGCACCAGCACACUCAGGACAGCUAAAUUUAACACGUUUUCCAGCAUGAUUGAUUUGAUUUGUCAGCGACACUUUAAAUGUAACAGAAUGCACAUAAAGCCAGAGGAAUAAAAACAUUCCGUAGAAAAUAA